UCUCUUCCCAUCACCAAACCAUAAGAAAAUAUGAAGGAAGAAAUUCAAAACGAAACAGCUCAGACUCAGUUACAGAGAGAGGGAAGAAUGUUUUCUUUUCUCUUCCCAGUGAUAGAGGUUAUCAAGGUGGUUAUGGCUUCCGUUGCCUCCGUGGUCUUUUUAGGCUUCGGCGGUGUAACACUCGCUUGUUCAGCCGUGGCAUUAGCCGUAUCCACGCCGCUUUUCAUCAUAUUCAGUCCGAUUCUCGUACCCGCCACUAUAGCCACGACCCUCCUAGCAACUGGGCUCGGCGCUGGUACCACCCUCGGAGUGACGGGCAUGGGUCUCCUCAUGCGGCUCAUCAAGCAUCCUGGCAAGGAAGGAGCUGCCUCGGCUCCGGCAGCUCAGCCAUCCUUCCUAUCUCUGUUGGAAAUGCCAAACUUUAUUAAGAGCAAGAUGCUAGAAAGGUUAAUUCAUAUACCAGGAGUUGGAAAGAAAUCCGAAGGCCGAGGCGAAUCUAAAGGUAAAAAAGGUAAAAAAGGUAAAUCUGAACAUGGAAGAGGUAAACAUGAAGGUGAAGGUAAAUCCAAGGGUAGAAAAGGGCAUAGGAUGGGAGUCAAGCCGGAGAACAAUCCACCUCCUGCAGGAGCUCCCCCGACUGGAUCUCCGCCGGCAGCACCGGCAGCACCGGAAGCUCCGGCAGCUCCAGCAGCUCCGGAAGCUCCGGCAGCUCCGGAAGCUCCGGCAGCUCCAGCAGCUCCGGAAGCUCCGGCAACUCCAGCAGCUCCGCCAGCUCCAGCAGCUCCGCCAGCUGCGCCAGCUGCCCCAGCUGCGCCAGCUGCACCAGCUCCAGCAGCUCCGCCAGCUCCAGCAGCGCCGCCAGCUCCGGCAGCUCCACCAGCUCCGCCAUCCUUCCUAUCUCUUUUCGAAAUGCCAAGCUUUAUUAAGAGCAAGCUGAUAGAAGCAUUAAUUAAUAUACCAGGAUUUGGAAAGAAAUCCAAUGACCGAGGCAAAUCUAAAGGUGGAAAAAAAUCCAAAGGUAAAGGUAAAUCCAAUGGAAGAGGUAAACAUGAAGGUGAAGGUAAAUCCAAGAGUAGAAAAAGUAAAUCCAGAGGUAAAGACAAAGAGAAAUCCAAGGGUAAAGGUAUAUUCGGUAGAAGUUCACGUAAGGGUUCAUCUGAUGAUGAAAGUUCAUAAGAUGGAACUUGAUAUAGGAAUUGUGUUAAACACAUGGGAAAAGAUAAAUUCAUGGAAGAGUAAAGGACAUUGGUCCAUCUAUUCCAAAAUUUAGAAUACAUUGUGUACUUAAUUAUUCAUGAAUUUAUGCCACCUAUAAGAACAAAAAGGCUUUUGAAUAAAUUUAAUGUAAUGUUAAAUGU